GUUAGCUCCGCCCUCCUGAUGCCUUCAAGGGCCGUGGGAAAGUUCCCACAGGUCCAGCUCAGAGGUUUCUACUUUUUCGGGAUUUUUGACACCACAAAAAGACAAACCAACAAGGCAAAUACAGUAUUUAUUUUUCACCUGUUAUAACUCAUAACUGUCUUUUUCGGUAUUAGUGAAAGUGCAGUAUAUGUUCGGCCUUUUCCUGCUUAUUCAAGUCAAGUUCAGACCUGUACUGCAGAACCAGGAUUUCACAACCGUUCUCUGUCAAUCAUUCAGUUUCCUCACAUCAGUGUAAAAGUGUAAAAUACAUAUAUAAUAUGUAAUGUUUCACAUCUCAGGUCAACCUAAAUUUAAGUAAAUAAUUUGAAUUAUUCAAAAUCAGUUAUUUAUUGAGAUUAAGCAAUGCUUCUUGUUUAUGAUGAGUUUGAUUCAUAGUAAAUUUGAUAGUUUUAUUAUUGUAGUUUUCAAUAAUGACACGGUUUAAUUUUUGUCUCUACUGUGUCUUCCUCUUUUUUUACAUAGUUUUAGAAAACUCCUCAUAUAUUCCUAACAGGGGGUGGGCCGCUGUCCUGAUAGUUUUCCAACACUCCCUGCCCCAGUUACCGCUGAUUACAUCGAUCAGGUGUGUUCCGUCAAUCAGCAGCUGAAAAGGCCAACUGACACCUGAUGAAGGUGAUCAGAACCACCCCUGUCUUUAAACACAGCUGUACAGCGGCGGUGUCCAGCCCUGCUCCUCAGCAACACUGUCCUGCUGAUGACCGCAGUCAGCUGCUGAUUGGAUAAACACACCUGCUCAAGGUGUCGUCAUCAUCAGUGGUCGCUGGGGAAGGGGGCGUUGCAAAAGCAGCGGGACCAGGGUUGGACCCUGCGGCUUUACAGGAUUCAGCUGCUUGGGAAGGUUCUGCGAUGGACUGGUGCGGUCCGGGUGGACUGGCUCUCGCCCUCAGCUAGCUGGGAUGGGCUCCAGUACAGCCCAUAGAAAACGGAUGGGAUCAAGGUUUGUCUGCAGGUUCGGUUUUAUGAGCACAGCGCCCUCUGCUGCACCGGGCGCCGCACUGCAUGACGGUACAAGUCCGGACCGCCUCCUCCUGCGGGCUGCGGUUUGGGGCUGUCGUGGGUCGGGAUCCAGUCAGUCAGCCGUGUGGGCAGCACGGUUUAGUCUCUGAGGUCUUGACCCGGAGCUUCAAACUCGGACUUUAUCUGCUCCGAUGGAUUAACGGGCGCGGAGAGUCCGGGUCCAGGUCCAAGCAUCAUGGCGUCUCGGCUGCUGGACCGUCUGAAGCGCUCUCUCUUUAAAGAUGGCAGGCGAGUCGGACACGAGCAGGAUGCAGGGGAUGGACGGGAACAGGAGGCGUUUGAUCAGGACCGCUGGGAGGCGGAGCUGGAGGAGGAGGAGGAGUGUGUGACGGAGCAGCUCAGGGGAAUGCUGUGUUUUGACGGCAAAGUUGGAGGAGAGGAUGGAGCAGAGGGCGAAGAGUCAGGCCUUGACAGUGACUCAGACUUCCUGGGGGAAUCGAUGGAGGAGGGCAUCAGCAGCACAGACACCAGUCCUGUAGGCGUGUGUCCAGUUGGACCCUCCUCAUCCUCCCCUCUGACCCGGCAGCUUCAACAAGGUUGGAGGAACCUGCGUGGUCUCGGAGGAGGUCCAGUCUCCUCUGGGAGGCGACUGAUAGACGAUUUGUUGUUCGAGGUGACUGAUGCCAGUGUCAUUCACGAUGGCUCGUCUAAAUAUGUGCUUUACACCGUCCACGUGAUCCAGUCCGGCGGCAGUGACAAGACUCCGGCUGUUAUCACACGCCGAUAUUCAGACUUCCAACGCCUUCACACCAUGCUGCGCCGUAACCAUGGUGAUCAGAUGGCGCGUGUCUAUUUUCCACGAAAGAAGCUGCGGAGGAACUUUACUGCAGAGACGAUCGCGAAGCGGAGUCAGGCUUUUGAACAGUACCUGACUCACCUCUGCUCCCUGACCUCCCUGCAUGCGGCGCCGUGCGUCAGAGACUUCUUCUACCUGAGGGACCUGCAGACUGGACAGGUGUUCAUCAGGGUGGGACGUUACCAGGAUGCCUUGGGACCACUGCUUAAUGCCAAGCGACUGCAGCACAAGCUGGGCUGGGCUGUUUAUUAUGAUGACCAGACUCAGGCUCCACCCCCAGGCUCCUCUCAUUGGUUCUUCACUUUGGUGGGGCUGUCGUGGUGUUUCCAGGAAGUGGACCAGCUGGAGGAGGCCCGGAAUCACUCUGACCUCGCCCUCCGUGUCCUGACUCCCACUGAUGACUGGUCCCUCACACUUGAUAAACCACAUCCACAAACAGAUCCAUGGUGGCCGUGUCUCGACAGGCCACACCCUCUCCUGUUGCCUUUGUUGCGGGCAGUGGUACGGCAAUCAUGGCAAACAGGAAAAGACAAAAGGAAGUGGGAGGGGCCUCUGCAGCUCCUGGAGGAGCAGUGGGCACGGCUUGACAAUCAGCCAACCAUUAAAGAGUAUCUGGUCAAACACAACCUGCAGGAGAAUGAAGGGGAGGCACAGACCCACGCAGAAGGUUGACUUGUAGUGUGGGGACACUUUAAUAAACGCGUCACAGAUAAGUGAGUGACCCAGGUGUCAGGUCCCAGAGUGACAGAUGUUAGUGGAGUGAACUGUCUUGGAUCAGCUGUGUUCAGAAACACCACAUCACUCUCUCACUGUAAGUGAGCCCAAAUGUCAUAGUUUAAAAAAGAGAGAAAAAGUGAAAGCAUUUAGAGGUGGGAGUGAAAGUGCAAAGAAAAUAUGGCUACAGCUCAGUAAAAGCAGAAUCAAAUCUAAGGAAAGACAUGUUUAAUUAUAAAGUUAAUGUUUGACAACUGGAGCUAAAACAUCACAAUGAAAAUAUGACAUGAAAAUCUACAAGGAACAAAAUAGAGUCAAACUAUUACAGUAAAAUGUGGAUUUAAUGUUGGGAAAUUAAAUGUUCGUAAUCCGA